UUUGGAUUUCGACUUUGAGACAGUACAACCUCGACCAUGGAGCAAGAGCAAGAAGGCAAUCCCGCGCAUUUGCAGGACGAUCUCACACCCAAUCAGGAGCAAGACGAAAACAAUCACACAGAUGAGCAGGACAAUGUCGGGCCAGAUCCGCUCCAGCACUUGUUCUCGCACAAGCUCCCCACGCUCAGCAACCACGAACUACCGAACCUGCCAGCUGCUUUGAAUAACGAGCCCAAAUCUGGCGAGGCUUCUCAAUGCGCAGCUGUGCCAAGAACAAAACGCAAGGGUCAGAAAGCUCGUCGACACGCAAAGCGCUUGAAAGCUGUGCCGCCCCCACCAGAAUCAAAUCCUGAUUCGCUUGCUUCGCCGAUCAGCGAGGCGGCUCAGCAACCGGUGCCUUUGGAUGUUCAUCAAUGCGCCGAGCAUGUAGGAGUUGAGCCACCCGUCGCUGAGCAACCCGAACGUGCUUCGCCGAUCGAUGAGUCCAUGUGCUUCAACCCACAGUUUUGCUAUGCAAUUCUGCUCUCGCUUGACUACCCAGUUCUCGACGAGUACCCUAAAGGUUUUCAGCCUUUCAAUGGUGCCGUGUUUCUCUUCCGAACUGGCACCAAUAGGCGCUGGCGUGGCGGCUUGAACCACUUCGAAAAAGGUUACAAAACGGCCGAUGGUGGUACGAUAUACCGUUCGUCUCAACCAGGAGGAUUGUUCAGGCUAGUGUACCCUGUCGCCAAGAAUAUCGUGCUGAUUCGUUACAGCACGCAGACUCCGACAGCCGAAGCUGCCUCAGCCUCCUCGCGUUCGAUUGGCACCAACGAGCCUUCUGCUAUCGACGGGGCCUCCUCUUCCAAGCACCAGGCUGGCACCGGCAAGUCUCGGACUGAUCAAUCUGUCUCCAAGUCUAAGAAUCGCUCUGCCAAGUCCCCGAUUGGUCAAGCUGCCUCCUCCUCCUCCUCCCAGCUUGGGAUGGGCAUCGUCGAGUCUCCUGCUCACGUUGCCGCCCCCUCGAAGCCUGCGGCUAGCACUUCCACCAAGGCCCGUCGGCUCCAAAGCACGUCGCGCGCUUUUACCAAGCGCCCUGUGACUCCCGAAACCGAGCCCGAAGACGAGUCCGAUGUUGAGGAUUUCGAGGACGAUGCGGAGAGCACUGUUAGGUCGUACGGCUACACGGGCCCCAGCCCCGCCUCGACCGUUGGUUCUGAGGUGGACGCUGAAAACCAGAAUGAUUGGGCAAUCGGUGUUGCAGUUUCUGCCGUUCGUUGUGGCCUGUGCCCGUCUCAGGGAUACCAGCCCCUCCCGAACGACAUGCUCCCCAGCCCCGCUCAGAAUGCCUCGACAGCACAGGACUGGGAGACUGCCAUGGCUCCCUUGUUCGAUAUGAUUCCCAGCCCCGCAUGGAACGAGAACGUUGAUGUGGGGCAGGCCGGGAACGAAUGGACUUUUGAUUUGCUCCGCCUUAAUGAGCAAGACCUCGAGAACGACCCCGCCAUUAUCUAUGUGGCUGCUACUGUUGCCUGGAUUGCCAGUGAACUUAGGAAGAAGUAACCUGCGCCGCAAUGUCGGCGCACAGUUACGGCUGUUUGUUUGUUUGUUUGUUUGUUUGUU